AUGAACCCAAAAUGGAAACUAUGUGGGGAAGGAAAACAACAAUCUCCCAUUGAUAUCUCAGACAAAGUGGUGCAUUUUCCUCAAUUGGGUCAACUUGAAAGGGAUUACAAACCAGCUCGUGCUGUCCUAAAGAAUUCGGGUCAUAUCAUCGAGAUGAAAUGGAAAGGGAAUGCAGGCCAGCUUAACCUUAAUGGAACUAACUACAAACUGAUUCAAUGUCAUUGGCACACACCUUCAGAGCACACAUUGAAUGGAACAAAGUUUGACUUGGAACUGCAUGUAGUCCAUCAAAAUUCUGUAGGAGAGCGUGCUGCCAUUGGAAUAUGGUAUAAAAUUGGCGAUUCAGAUCCCUUGCUUUCAGAGCUGCUGGAGAAACUAAAAUCACUUGGCGACGAGGAUAUAGAUGUAGGAGAAAUAAACCCAGGAAUCAUCAAGUUUGGAAGCAGAUACUACAGAUAUGAUGGUUCUCUUACAACUCCACCAUGUACUGAAGGUGUUGUUUGGACAAUAAUGAAAAAGGUGAGGACAGUCUCAACGGAGCAGUUGAGUGCCUUGAAAGGAGCUAUUCGUCAUAUUCAUGAAAGUUUAGGAUUGUUGAAGAAAGCAAAUUAUGGCAUAUGGGGAAAACCUUGGGGUUCACUUGCAAUGACAAUGAAAUACUCUGUUGAAAAAUUGGAGGAAGUGGAGAAUAGCAAAAGUAUUGGUGGUGAUGUUCUGCUAUCUGUUGAACAAAUCUAA